CGCUGAGAUGGCGGCGGCCGCCGCCGGGCUGAGCUGGAGGCGGGUGUCCUCCUUCACGGGGCCGGUGCCGCGCUCCCGCCACGGGCACCGCGCGGUCGCCAUCCGAGAGCUGCUCAUCAUCUUCGGCGGCGGCAACGAGGGCAUCGCCGACGAGCUGCACGUCUACAACACGGUUACAAAUCAAUGGUUCCUUCCUGCUGUAAGGGGAGAUAUUCCUCCAGGCUGUGCAGCACAUGGAUUUGUUUGUGAUGGUACCAGAAUACUAGUUUUUGGAGGAAUGGUUGAAUAUGGAAGAUACAGUAAUGAUUUAUAUGAAUUGCAGGCAAGUCGAUGGCUCUGGAAAAAAGUAAAACCUCAAGCUCCUUCCAAUGGAUCACCACCCUGUCCUCGACUUGGCCAUAGCUUUUCUUUGUAUGGUAACAAGUGCUAUUUGUUUGGUGGCCUGGCAAAUGAAAGUGAAGAUUCAAAUAAUAACGUUCCCAGAUAUUUAAAUGAUUUCUAUGAACUGGAGCUGCAACAUGGUUCUGGCGUUGUUGGCUGGAGUAUUCCUGUGACCAAAGGAAUCUUGCCAUCUCCUCGAGAAUCUCACACAGCCAUCGUAUACUGCAGAAAAGAUGUGGGAAGUCCGAAGAUGUAUAUUUUUGGAGGGAUGUGUGGCUGUCGGCUUAAUGAUCUCUGGGAACUUGACAUAGAAACCAUGACCUGGUCAAGACCAGAAACCAAAGGGACAGUACCACUUCCUCGCAGUCUCCAUACGGCCAAUGUAAUAGGAAACAAAAUGUAUGUUUUUGGUGGCUGGGUUCCACAGUCAGCAGGAGGUGAAAUUUCUUCUCAUGAUGGCGAAUGGAAAUGUACCGGUUCAUUUUCUUACCUUAAUUUGGAGAAGCCCCUAGCACCAUCACAGGUACAGCUCAUUAGAGCUACAACCAACUCUUUUCAGUUGAAAUGGGAUGAAGUUCCUACAGUUGAAGGAUAUCUUCUUCAGUUACACGCUGACUCACCAGUGCCACCGGUGGCUGGAAUUCCGGUUACUGGUGUUCCUGAGACAUCCCUGCUGAGUUCACAAGGUGGCUGUUCUCUACAUCAAAAUCCACAACCAUUGCCUAGCAUCCCUUAUCCAGAACUGAAGGUUGAUCAUCCCAGCCAAACAAAUAAUCUCAUUCCUAAUAAUGUCCAAGUUUCCCUUUCAUCCAACUCAUUAUUGAAAGUAGAAGGAAAAGAAAAGGUUGCAGCACCUGAAAACAAGAUUACACAGGAGACUAUGAAAAACCACACAGAUGCUGCAGGAUUCAAAGAAUCAAAUGCCCCUUCUCUUUUGCCUGUUUGUACUUCAAGUGCUCAGACAUCAGCAAAUGUAGGUGAAUUACAUGACUUGGACAAACAAACUGUAAAUCCUGAUGCUUCUGUAUCCAGUACUGUCUCCAGCACACAAACUAUGGUAACCCAGCAGGCUGUUAAAACUGAAUCAUCAAGUACAAAUGGGGCAGUUGUUAAAGAUGAAACUUCACUAACAACAUUCAAUUCAAAAUCUGAAGCUGCUGAAACUGCUUAUAUCAUGCCUUCAACAAGGGUCAGUACUGGACAGACAAAUGAUUCACACUCCUCUAAAACUCCACAAAGACCGAUGGCACCAGUGAAAGCAAGAGACCGGCGAUGGUAUGAUGUUGGAAUUUUUAAGAACAACAGUGCUGUGGUGAGCCAGUUCUACUUGCUGCCAGAGGAAACACUGAACAUUUCUAACAAGACGGAAGGUGCAGAUGUACCAGACUACAGAUUACUGAAGAAACAGGAUCUUUUUCCAGGCACAGUGUACAGGUUCAGAGUUGCUGCAAUUAAUGGCUGUGGUGUUGGGCCUUUCAGUAAAAUCAGUGAAUUCAAAACUUGCAUUCCGGGUUUUCCUGGAGCUCCUUCAACAGUCAAAAUCACCAAGAGUGUAGACUGUAUUCAUCUUUCUUGGGAGCCUCCUGCUUCACCCUCUGGAAAUAUUUUAGAAUAUUCUGCCUACUUAGCAAUCCGUUCCACGCAGUUACAGGAAAAUCCAAGUCAACUUGUAUUUAUGAGAAUAUACUGUGGUCUUAAAACAUCCUGCAUAGUGACUGCUGCCCAGCUUUCCAAUGCUCACGUUGACUACACUUCCCGACCUGCCAUAGUGUUCAGGAUUUCCGCAAAGAACGAGAGAGGGUACGGACCGGCCACGCAAGUCCGGUGGCUCCAAGAUAUGAAAACAUCAGGCUCAAAGUAGUGUUGCUACUCUCAAAGCCAUCAGUAGAAACAACAUAAUAGAUCUCCAGUUUCGAAUGUAGUGUUUAAUGUAACUCUUGUACUAUUUGUAAAUGCUACAAAUAUUUUAUUUUUGCAUUGUUUUUAUCUUAAAAAUAUAUAACCUUUUUUACGUUUGACACAUCAGCGUUACACAGCCUUGCUCAGGUAUAUGAGUACCGUAUAGAAACUAUACUGAAGAUGGUGGGGUGAAGGAUCACACCCUAUCCAGUAGCUCUUUUUGGUAGUGAUAGUUAAAAUGUAAAAAAUACACGCUUUCAAAUUAAAAACAAAGAACAAAUUUGGCACAAGCAGCAGUAUUUGAGGUAGAGUCCCCAUUAUUGCUUCGGAUCUUGCACAGGUAAUUCGUAAGAUUUGGUAUAAGAGCAAAUUCUGUUUGGUUUUGGUUCCUUAUACCACAUUCUUCGUUGUGGUGUCUGAGUACAAGGCAAAAAUUUCCAGUUAUUAUAUAGUAACUUAAAAUGUAUAAAUAUUUUAAUAUAUACUUUUUUUGUAAAGAAAUGAUUUUUUCUACUAUUUGUAACAAAUAUCUUAAUCUUGAAAGAUAUCCCCCGAAAAUUUAAAAGGAAAAAGAGAAACUUAUCCAUUGCUCUUAUUACAAAAAACAUAAAUUCAAUGUAAAUGCACUACUAAUAUUUAGAAUUAUCCUUUUGUAGUUGUACAAAUCUUGAACUUGUAAAUACCAAUGUUUACAAGAGACCUUUCUGGUCUUGUAUGAAAACUUCCAUGAGAUUCAUUCUCUUUUUUUUUUUUUUUUUUUUAAUAAAUCCAUAUGCUUUGCUUUUAGCAUAUGCUUGCUUUUUGCACUAAUAAUAACUUACCUCAUUCCUGUGUUUGUAAUCACUUGUGUUGCUUCCAUAAUGUUUCUGUAAAACUUCAAUCUGAAAAUUUUAACCAAAGUUUAGAAUACAUGGUAAGCAAUUUUGCACAUAUUAUAUGGCAACUUUCAACAUAUUUAUUCCAGUUAAUCUUCUUAAGUGCUUGUUUGCUUUACCAAUAUAUUCUACCAAUCAAGUUCAGUAUCUCCCUUUUACUAUGCAUCAUUUUACAUUAACUAGCUAGCUGAUAAAAUCAACAAGCAUUACUUCUAGGAAUAGGUUGAUCCAUUCCUAUGCUAAAAGAAAAAAUUUGUUCACAGUAGUGAAAUAAAGGUAAACAUUUUAAAUGCUAUUUAUAUAUCUAUAUGUAAACCUGUGUUUACCAAAGUGUAGAGGAAAAUGGCUGAGUUGGACAAGGUCACUAGGUGAAUAGAUUGAGGCACUUAAAUAAGAUUUAUUUUAAAAUAAAAUCUAAAUUAUUUACUGUGCAAUGAAGUUUAUACUUUGCACUUUAAUUUUGCCCCAAAUGCCAAAAGACUUAUACAUCAAGGUAGAACUUCUUGCCUCUUCCAGUUAAAUUUGUCUUAAGAGCGUUUGUAAAUAUAUAAACUAAAAUAAAUUAUGUGCCUGGUUUGGUGGGAGAAGUAUCACUAAAAUAUUAGAGAUUUAACAGCUCAAGUAUCCCAGAGCAGAUUUAAUAGCCAAGUUUUGGCUACCCUGAAAAUCAGGGUUAUAACGAAAGUGCUGGUACAGCCUUAAUUAUCGCAACGCAUCACAUGCCACAAUAGCAUAUGAGAAGUGCUGGGGACCAUAAAUCACUCUGAUAGUGUUGAUUGUGGCACAGGAGUAAUACGUGUGGUUUGACUCCAGAGGAAAACCGUGUGUUUGUGAUAAUAACAGAUAUCCCAGAUUCACUUUAAACAGUGUUUAUAGUAUGAAUGUAUAGGACUUUUCCUGAAGUUAACUGGCUUUAAGAUAUUUGUGUUUUAAUGGUCCAUUUUGUCAGGUAUGAUCUCACUACCAAUACUGUCUGAUAACUAAAAUAUCAUACACACGAACUGUUAACUAGAAGAGUAGAACUUGGUUUUUCUUAUUAGUACUGUGAAAGAAGCCUUUAGAGAAAACAUUUGUGGCUUUGAUUUUGUUGGUUGAUAGCUGUGAUUGUAGAGUCGUUAUUUAAGAAUAAAACCUGUUGGGUAUGUCUGGGUGGA